CUUAAUAUUUUAAUGGAGUUAAGAAAAUCAGAAACUUCAGAUCCUUUAACAAUGGAAGAAAUGACAGCACAAACGUUUUUAUUCUUUGUAGCAGGUUCUGAAACAAGUUCAAGUGUAAUGGGUUUUUCUUUAUACCAAUUGGCUUUAAAUCCAGAUAUACAAGAGAAGGCUCGGACGGAAAUGAAUGAAGUUAUGGCUCAGCAUGAUGGCAAACUUACUUAUGAAGCAGUUCAAGACAUGAAAUAUUUACUCCAAGUUAUGUAUGAAACUGUUCGUAUGUACACAGUAACUCCUUUUCUUUUACGCCAAGCCGUCAGUGACUACAAAGUGCCAAAUUCAAAUUACGUUAUACAAAAGGGUACUACAGUGAUUAUGCCAAUGGAUGCUUUACACUAUGAUCCAGAUAUAUAUCCAGAUCCUCAACGUUUUGAUCCUGAACGAUUCUCAACGAAAGAAACUGAAAAACGUCAUCCAAUGACAUUUCUGGGUUUUGGUAAAGGACCACGAUAUUUUGUAGCUGUUGAUGAAUUCAUUGAAACCAAUGUAGAUCCUCGUCGUAACAUUUUCAAAAGUGUGCAUUUUCAGAAACAUUGCCAGUAG